AUGGCUGACAUUCAGUCCCCUGUCUCUCCUCCAGAGUACAAGAGAUCUCGUCAUGAGAUCAAGAAGAAGUCCUCAGACACCAUGAAACUGCAGAAGAAGGCCCGGAAAGGUAGGUUGCUCCUCUUCCCUCUCUCCCUGUCGCUCUCUGACUGACAGCUAGCAUGGCUGAACACUCCUAAACUGCCCUCUCCGUCUAUCCAGCGCUCUGAAAUCACAGCAGGUUGUGCAUUUUGUUUGGGUUCUAUAACUAUAGGUUAACCCGGACAUUCUCUGUUAUGUAAUGGUCUCAGCUGUGUCUCCCCUUCAGCAUGAUAUUACAGUAGGAGUAGUAGUGCUGAAAAUGUCAAGGUCAAAUCCUCAAGGUGAGAUCCUUUGCCAAGGCAUUCUGACUACAUCAAUGUGUUUUCUCAAGAGUCACAUAGCUGACAUGUGUUUGUAGCUUGUUGACGAUUACAGUUUGGUCUUUAAAAGGGCCAUUGCCUCAAAUCACUACAGAGAGGGAGCGAGAUGAGGGAAGCCGCAGUGAGGGACGGAGAACAUAGCUCCACUCCCUGUUAUUGAAGACUGAGGUUAUAGAGCAACACUCCCCCCUGGUGGUCAGGAUGAUAAUGACAGGCUUCCCUCAUUCGUGAUAAAGCAGUUCACUCUGAUCCAGCAGCCAAUAAUUACUGUUGUCUAUUUAAGGCUGUUUCGAGACAGUUGCCAGGCAGAUGCAAGAACCUAAAAUGAUUACCUGAGGUGUAUUUCAUCUUAAAACCAGUGGAACAUUGAUGUUUGGGUUGCUUUACAAGGUUGAGUUGGUUUUGAUUUGGUUGCAACAGUGUUUUUGCUCUAACCAUGCACACUUUGGCCGUGAACUGAGCUGUGAUGGCUUCCUUGUACUAACCCUAAUGAUGAGCUCAACAAUCUCUGCUCUCUCUCCUCUACCUCUGUCAACCCCCUGACCCCCUCUAUGUCCCCCAAAUCCUCCUCUCAACCCAUCUUUGUUGUCCCUUCCUCUUUCUCUUUUUCUCUCCCCUCCUCUCUCCCUCUCUCUUUCUCGCUCUCUCUCUCUGUCUGUGCUUGAUUUCCCUUCUGUAGAAAUCCAGGGUAAGUAUGUUGUUCCCGUCCCACAAAACUGCUAUGCUAUGCUACAGUUUCUUCUUUACAUGUAUUCUGUGUAGAGGGGAUUUCCCUUGCCAAAAAAUUACUAUUGGGAGAUAGUAAAUAACUAAGUGAUUUACAUCACUUUAAUACAUUUGGCGUGAUUCACUCAUCUUCAGCUAGUUAGGCCUACUAGUUGUAACCGUUAAAAGUCUGUCUUCUUUCUGAGGCCUCUGGAAUGCUGUCCUGUGACCUCUGUGACUCCUGCAUGACUUGUUGGUCUAAAGCACUUUCUGCUCACAGCACUGGUUGCUGUUGACUAAGAUUCCCCCCUCUCUUCUCUAUCAUGGCCAUCUCUGACACAACUCCCUGCUGCAUGACUUAACAUUACAAGACAUUUUGAAGACAUACCUUUUUUUCCUUCAUUUUUCAUUAUUUGGUUUAACUUCUGUAGAUGUCAGUCUGUUUAGUGUCUGUAUGCAUUUCUGUUUAGCUAAUGUAGAUACCGUACCAGUGUAGUGUUUGUAGAUCAUUCUGUCCUGUGUCCAUGGUGCCUGUCAUUGGCUUGGGGGACCGAGAAGGGAGGGAUGAGAGGAGGGGAGGGGUGAGAUUUGUCCCUUCAAGCCCAGACACACCACACAUUUCUAAUCUUUUCUUUCUCUCCUUCUCCUCUCUCUUGUGUGUCACACUUUGGUUUUUCCUUGUGACCUCUCUGUUACCCUCUUCUCCUCUUUUUGUCCUUCUACCAUCCCCUGUCCUCUUCCUUCCAUUCUCUCUCCAUUCCCAAUCCCCCCCACUCCCUGUAUACUAUGCCCCUGCCCUCUGUUUCCCUUUCCCUGCCCCUUGUCCCUGUCCCCCUGUCCCCUGUGCUCUCCCUCCUGGCUCCCCAGGCCGAGGGGACCUGCAGCCCCAGCUGGAUAGUGCCAUGCAUGAUGUAAAUGACAUGUACCUGCUGAUGGAGGAGACAGAGAAGCAGGCGGUGCGCAGAGCUCUGGUGGAGGAGAGGGGACGCUUCUGCACCUUCAUCGGCUUCCUGCAGCCUGUAGUGGUAAGACUGGAGGAGGGGAGGCAGGGGCUGUAUGGGGAGGGGAAACACCAGGGAGCUGGGGUGAGACAUGGGGCCAAUCCCAAAUCAUCCCUUAAACCCUGCGCUUUAUGCACUUGUGGAGAUCUGAGAGGAUUUGAUUGGUAUAAGCAAUAUGGUAAAACUUCCAUCUAGCCUAUCAGAGGGCGAGGUGGAGCUAUUACCAGGUUGCUCAUACCAAUCAAAUCCUAUCAAAUCUCCACAAGUGCACAGGGUGAAGGGUUUAGGGGACGAUUUGCGAUUGGGCCAGACUGAAGAUGAAACAGGAGGAGGGGAAACCUAACUUGGGCGACAAAGUCAAUUAGCCACCAGUAAAAUAUGUUGACAUUGCACUCUGGUGUUGAGUCAAAACAGUGGCAGUCAUUCACAUAAAGCCAAUGCUUUUGCUAUAUAUAAUAACACUAACUGACUGAAAUGAGUCUAAUUUCUUUCAUCAGAAUGGAGAGAUUGCCAUGCUGGGAGAGAUCACUCACCUCCAGGCCAUUAUUGAUGACCUCACUGUGCUGACCACUGAUCCCCACAAACUUCCCCCCGCCAGCGAGCAGGUACCGACACUCUUUUCUAAGAUAUUUUUAUUAUUUUUAGUCUAGUAUUUUAGUAUAAUGCACCAUCUCUCAGUCCCACCGUCUAGACAGAGGUCAUUAGAUGCUAGAUGAAACAGUGCUUGUAUGAUAGAGUAAAAUGUGCCAUAACAAUAAUAGCAUCAUAAUGUGUACCAGCAAGCAAUAUGCUAUUCAUUUAUCUGAAUGUGAUAAUAUGAUCUCUGUGCUCUAUUGAUGUCUGUUUGUACAGAGUUUGGUUAGUAAUGCCUAUGAAUUCCUAUAGGGGGAGCACGCAGCUUACCAGCUCAUUUAUUGCAACUAAAGCUGAUGCUACGUGUCCAUAUGAAUCAUUCUCAUAUUUCCCCCUUUCAGGGGUACAACACUUAUAUGGCGCCAACUGGUUUGUCCUCUCUCUCUCCCAGGUGAUUAAAGACCUGAAGGGUUCAGACUACAGCUGGUCCUACCAGACCCCUCCCUCCUCCCCCAGCAGCUCUGGCUCCAGGAAAAGCAGCAUGUGCAGGUACGAACCUGAGGGAGACAGGACACAUGGACUAGAAAUACAGACAUUUGUAUUGACAUGGAUUCAUUUGAUUUGAUCAAUAAAGGGGGAUUCUUUGUUUUGAGCCUAGGUGUGUGGAUGAUACAGUUGAAGUCGGAAGUUUACAUACACUUAGGUUGGAGUCAUUAAAACUUGUUUUUCAACCACUACACACAUUUCUUGUUAACAAACUAUAGUUUUGGCAAGUCGGUUAGGACAUCUACUUUGUGCAUGACACUUAUAAUUCACUCUAUCACAAUUCCAGUGGGUCAGAAGUUUACAUACACUAAGUUGACUAUGCCUUUAAACAGCUUGGAAAAUUCCAGAAAAUGAUGUCAUGGAUUUAGAAGCUUCUGAGCGGCAGCUGUCAUACCGCUCAGGAAGGAGACGCGUUGUCUCCUAGAGAUUAACGUACUUUGGUGCGAAAAGUGCAAAUAAAUCCCAGAACAACAGCAAAGGACCUUGUGAAGAUGCUGGAGGAAACAGGUACAAAAGUAUCUACAGUAAAAUGAGUCCUAUAUCAACAUAACCUGAAAGGCCGCUCAGCAAGGAAGAAGCCACUGCUCCAAAACCGCCAUAAAAAAGCCAGACUACGGUUUGCAACUGCACAUGGGGACAAAGAUCGUGCUUUUUGGAGAAAAGUCCUCUGGUCUGAUUAAACAAAAAUAGAACUGUUUGGCCAUAAUGACCUUCGUUAUGUUUGGAGGAAAAAGGGGGGUCUUGCAAGCCGAAGAACAACAUCCCAACCGUGAAGAACGGGGGUGGCAGCAUCAUGCUGUGGGGGUGCUUUGCUGCAGGAGGGACUGGUGCACUUCACAAAAUAGAUGGCAUCAUGAGGAAGGAAAAUUAUGUGGAUAUAUUGAAGCAACAUCUCAAGACAUCAGUCAGGAAGUUAAAGCUUGGUCGCAAAUGGGUCUUCCAAAUGGACAAUGACCCCAAGCAUACUUCCAAAGUUGUGGCAAAAUGGCUUAAGGACAACAAAGUCAAGGUAUUGGAGUGGCCAUCACAAAGCCCUGACCUCAAUCCUAUAGAAAAUGUGUGGGCAGAACUGAAAAAGCGUGUGCGAGCAAGGAGGCCUACAAACCUGACUCAGUUACACCAGUUCUGUCAGGAGGAAUGGGCCAAAAUUCACCCAACCUAUUGUGGGAAGCUUGUGGAAGGCUACCCGAAACGUUUGACCCAAGUUAAACAAUUUAAAGGCAAUGCUACCAAAUACUAAUUGAGUGUAUGUAAACUUCUGACCCACUGGGAAUGUGAUGAAAGAAAUAAAAGCUUAAAUAAAUAAUUCUCUCUACUAUUAUUCUGACAUUUCACAUUCUUAAAAUAAAGUGGUGAUCCUAACUGACCUAAGACACUGAAUUUUUACUAGGAUUAAAUGUCAGGAAUUGUGAAAAACUGAGAUUAAAUGUAUUUGGCUAAGGUGUAUGUAAACUUCCGACUUCAACUGUAUGUUGUAGGCUAUGUGAGUGUACACAUACAGUAUUCUGACAAUAAAAGUGACAGUGAAAGUGUGUCAGUGAGAGGUGCUGUUCAGAUAAGUGUUGUAUCUUAGUAAAAGAGGCACCCUUGCAUGUCUGCGCAUGUCUGUAUGAGCGUCUGAGCAUCUGUCUGCUGGUCCAUAUGUCUGUUGUGUCGUCCUGUGUCGUCUGUCCUCACAGAGUUUAAUCACAGAUGGCGCCAUGUGGCAUGCAACACUCAGAGCACUAAAUGUUUUCCCCUGUCUUUUUUCUCUUAGUGGUGAAAAUUACAACUUUAUUUCAACUUAAAACAGACUUGUUUGAUGAUAACAAAUAGCACAUAACAUUUAUAUUACAAUGUUAUGGAGUGUAUUUCAAAAAAACUCAAACUGAGCACUGAGUCAAACAAACUUAUUGACAUGUGUGAUGAAGUAGGACACUUGUUAGGUCUGAAGUGGUGUCCUCUAUUCUGAAGAAGUAUCUCUCAGGCUUGUCACAAUAGUGCUCUGAUGUGGUGGCAUGGUCUACUUGUCUGUGUUUGUGUAUACUGUGUGUUUGUGUGUGUGUCGCUUGUGUCACUGUCUGGGAGGCCAUGUCUUUGGGCAUGCCAACUACCCUGCCCUGUGCCCUGUGUGUCUAAUCUACCCAUGCUUGGUUCUCACAUGUUCUCACCCUCUCUCAACUUGUCUCUUCCAUGUUCCCUCCUCCUCUCCCUUCCCAACCCUCUACCUCUGACCCCCCUCCAUCCUUAACAUGGCUAUCACCAUCCCUCUAUGUGUGUGUGUCUCCCAACCUCUCCACUCUGCAUUCAUACUUACCCUUGGUGUUCUAUGUGUUUGGCCUCUUCUCUAUUUCCUGUGGUUUGAUCACUUCCUAUUCCUCUGUAUUUGCACGGCCUCUUUCUCUUCCUGUGUGUUUGGCUUCUCCACUCUCUGUGCCUCCUUCCCCCCUAUUCUGGUUGGGUUCCCCUCUUUCACUGCUGCUGCUCUCUACUUCCAACUCCAACUUGGAAAUGUCCUCAUCUUAACCUCUACCCAUCAUAUAAACUACCUGUCUCUCUUAUAUGAACUCUAACCAUCAUAUAAACUACCUGUCUCUCUUACAUGAACUCUAACCAUCAUAUAAACUACAUGUCUCUCUUAUAUGAACUCUACCCAUCAUAUAAACUACCUGUCUCUCUUAUAUGAACUCUACCCAUCAUAUAAACUACCCGUCUCUCUCAUAUGAACUCUACCCAUUGCUUGUUCUGCUCCUCUGGCCCAUACUUCACUGUAACUCGCUACCAUCAAUCUCCCUCCUUUUCCCCGUUUCAUCUCACUUCAUCACUCUCUCCCCAUAUCCAUCACUACACAUCCUCAUUCAAUCUCCUACCUUCUCCACCUCGUGCUUCAUAAAUGUGGUUUAUAUGAUAUCCCCCUCCCUUAAACACUUCCCUUCACCCUGCCUGACCCUUUCCCCUGCCCCCUCACCACCCUCUCACUCUGGCCCCACCCCCCUGCAGCAGUGUGAACAGCGCCCACAGUAGCGCCUCUCGCUCCUCCGGAGGCUCUCAGACUCACUCACCCAGUUCGUCCUAUCGCUACCGCAGCCUGGCCCAGCCGCCACCGGGGAACGCUCACCGUCUCAGCAGCGUCUCCUCCCAUGACUCAGGCUUCAUAUCGCAGGACGCCAAUGUCUACUCCAAGCCUCCCUCGCCCAUGCCCUCUGACAUCACCAGCCAGGUAUGACUGCCAUCACAGAUGUCGCUGCAGUGCUGAAACGUAGCAGAGCCCUCUCCUUGGUUUAAAUUCCUCUACUCUUCUGACUUGGUUUUGCGUUCAUUCUGUCUCUUUCUUGACCUCUAUUUCCUUCUGCAGAAGUCAUCAAGUUCUGCAUCCUCAGAGGCAUCCGAGACCUGCCAGUCAGUCAGUGAGUGCAGCUCUCCCACAACGGUAAGUACAACAGCUACCUACCUCACACUCCUGUCCUAAUGUGUGCAAACAUAUUGGAAUACAUGAUCAGAAUAUCAAUCUCACAUUUCUGUCAGUCAGUCACACGAUUAACUGACUUCGGAAAAUAAUGUGAAUACACUAUAGCCAUGCUCAUUUUAGUUGUCUGUGUAUUGCAUACUGUAAUGUUGUACUGUAUAUGUUUAUGAGAGAAGCUGGUAAAACUGACCAGCAGGAUUGUCUCCCUAAGUAUGUGUUCUUCAUCAGCCCAGGUGAACUUGUGGUCAUCUGCUCUAUCACCGCUGAUCUCUUGACUUUGCAGUCCUUUCUUCUGCUACUCGUACAGUUUGUGUAUGUGUGUGUUUGGGAGUGCACAUGCACGUACUUGCGUGCAUGCACCUGUGUGCGUGUGUGUGUAUGUACAGAAUGUCUCUGUGACCCAGAGGUCACAUCACAAAGGCUCCUCCCAUAAGCCUUUGGUGUUGAUGGACGCUCUGACGAUCACGAUCUUGUCUCUCCGUUCCGCAGUUUGGCUCGUCCUUCGCUACCUUCCGCCCUGCUCUCUCUCACACUGGCUCCAUCAGACCUCUCUCUGUCAUACUUCCUGCGUCCCCACCCUAUAACUGCUCCCCUGGAUCCAACACUACCUCUCCCACAUCAAAGGUUCCUUGCUGGAAGGUUUGUUUUCAUCUGCACACUUUUCUUUGCAGUUUUUGGUUUGUUUUUUCUUUUUUGGUUUGUGGUAUAAUUUGUGCUUCUUGAGUUAAUGCCUAUUCACCAGGUUUUUCUUUUAAUUUCACCAUCUGCUUAACUCACUCAUGACUUCAUUACUUUGCUCCCUAACCUGUGUGCCUUUUCUGUUGUCGUUGGCCAUCAGUCUCACCCCUGGUUUCAAAUCUCCUGUAUGGUGAUUUGCUAAACUGAGCAGGCCAUGGAUGGCACCCAUUUCACCUUUCGAAGCCUAACAAACUCAAAAGGCUUCAAACCAAUAAACCCACACACACGAUGAGGAAUCCCCCCCACACUACCCCCACACUGUACCCAGAUGAAGGGCGUCAAACUGCUGGAUAGUGGACGGGUCUCUCUCAUUGGAGAGUUCGCUCUGUUGCUUUUCCCUGCUUCUUAUUAACCACACCCACCUCUUCAGGAUUGGUCCAAGGUAGGUUCUUAUGAGCAGCCAUUGGCUGCCACGCUUCAGCGGAGGAAGGAGCCCCUGGAUAGGCUGAGGGAGAGCGAGGCAUCCCCAGGCUCCCAGGGAUAUGCUGGUGCUCACCCAGAUGAUGUCCAGAGGCCCCGGAUGACCCCAGCCACCAUCGCUGCCAAGGUAACAGAGAAUAUGCAGAUUUACCUUACAAUGGUGUGAAUACAAGACGCAUGCUGCUAUCACACAACUGUUGGAUUUUUAAACCGGAUUGGACUUUGGUAGUUAUAGUCUGUCCAUUGUGCUUGGUAGUGGUCCUGUGCUCCUACCGUAUGAUAGCGUUUGCUAAGGCUAUUGAUUGCAAUACGGUUCUGAAAACCUUGGACUUAGUUAUCAUCCUAAUCAUAUUUCUCUACAGUGUAGAGAGUGUGUUAAGUGUGUGUUGUUGCUUCCUCCCAGCACGGUGAAGAGGUGUCUCCAGCAGCCAGUGACCUGGCAAUGGUCCUGACCCGUGGUCUCAGCAUGGAGCAGCAGAAGAGCAACAGGGACUCCCUGCAGUACUCUAGUGGCUACAGCACCCAGACCACCACCCCCUCCUGCUCCGAGGACACUAUCCCCUCUCAGGGUAACUCCUUCUCUCAUAGAGUAAAACCUCACAUACAUUAACCAACAGAGAAUACACUCACUGUCCUCUUUCAAGGUAACAUACAUGUACUAUAGAACCAGCCCCAACAGAAUAAUACAUUUAUUGUAUUUAUUUAUGGCAGCAACACAUGACAACACAGCAUACAUGCAGUACUCAACCUCCUAAUAGACACACUCACAACUUAAGAGUAUCCACGCCCCCAUCCCCUUACUUGGUAGCACUCCACCUAGAUACAACGCUGAAUAACACACCACACCCCUCUAUCUUUCUCUCUCCCCCAGGGUCAGAUUAUGACUGCUACUCUGUGAAUGGAGAUGCUGAAGGUGAGGCGUCAACUGACUUUGACAAGUCCUCCACCAUCCCCCGCCACAGCAACAUCGCCCAGAACUACCGCCGUAUGAUCCAGACCAAGAGGCCGGCCAGCACUGCAGGUCUGCCCAGUGGGGCCCAAGGCGGAGUGCCUGGAGGGGGAGGGGGCAUUGGGACCCCUGGGACUGCCACCAUCCGCCGAACCCCAUCCACCAAGCCGGGUGUGAGGCGCACCCUGUCCAACGCAGGCCCCAUCCCCAUCCGCCCGCCCAUAGUGCCAGUGAAGACACCCACGGUGCCUGAUGCUCCUGGGGGGUACCCCGGGCCUCCGGUACGCGUGGGCAGUGAGGAGUGUGUGUUCUACGUGGCAGAUGACUCCUCCCCCAACGUGCUGGAGUUUGUGAAGGCCUCUCCCAAGCGUCUGAGCCUGCCCAACACAGCGUGGGGGUCUGGGGGAGCGAUGGAGAUGAGUGUGUAUGUCCAGCAGGCUGCCCAGCAUGGCUCUGAGGAGGACCAGAUGAUAGCCGCUAACCGCCACAGCCUGGUGGAGAAGAUAGGAGAGCUGGUUGCCAGUGCCCAUGCCCUUGGGGAGGGACAGUUCCCCUUCCCCAACCUCCCUGAUGACCCCCCGCCUGGCCCGGCCCCCCAGCAUGACCCCCAGGCCCCCGGGUCAGGCACCGACGUGCUGGUGUCCAUCCGCAGGGGCGUGCGCCUCCGCAAGACCGUCUCCAACGAUAGGUCAGCGCCCAGGAUUUUGUGA